AGACUGACAGCGUGGGCCAACCAGCCAAUUGUGCAGCGACUUCAGCUGCGGUCACUCUGCGGAGCAGCGAGGGGCCAGGGCGACAGGGAAAUUGGUUGGUGAAGGGGAUGAGCCGGAAUAGCGGCGCCCAACUUCCUCCGGCGACGGCGAGCGGCGACCGCCUGGCGGUCAUCGCGUCUCACUUAUCCCACUCUCGGCUCGGCAGUCCGGCCCACAUGGCCGGCGAGAAGGAAGCCGCCCUCGCCGCCGAGCCCGUCGACGGUCCCACCAUUUUCGACAAAAUUAUCAGGAAGGAGAUUCCAUCUCAGGUGGUUUAUGAGGACCAAAAGGUCCUUGCAUUCAGAGACAUAUCGCCGCAAGCUCCCAUACAUAUUAUAAUCAUACCCAAGGUUAAAGAUGGGUUAUCUAGGCUGUCGAAGGCGGAAGAAAGGCACAUCGAGAUUCUUGGCAGUCUUCUAUAUGCUGCAAAGGUUGUAGCAAAGCAGGAAGGGCUUGGCGAUGGCUUCAGAAUUGUCAUCAACGAUGGGCUCAAAGGAUGUCAAUCUGUAUAUCACCUACACGUUCAUCUUCUCGGGGGACGGCAGAUGAACUGGCCACCUGGAUGAGUUUGUGUCGCCGUUUCGACAGGAGGGGUUUACACGAUUGGAAUUCACUUACUACUGCGGUAAGAUGCAUACUGUAAUACUGUUCCUGUAAACUGGACUCUGUAAAUGUAAUUGAGCCAAUGCUGACAGCGUACAGACGCAGAGGACUCCAUGGGACAUGUAUAAUCGUUAGCAAAGCAUAACGGACCGUUCAUUUGCAGUUUUUAAAGUGUUGUAAAGCAUGAAGAUGGAGAACAAUCAUCCCUAUGAUUCUGUAUGCGGAUAUCAUCCGUUUCCCUUC